AUGGUAGAAGGAAGCAACAACAAGAAACCCGAGGCCGCUGCCAUGGCCAAACCACGGCCUCGAAAGCGAACGUCCUUCCAAACAUUUGCUUCAUGGCUUGCCUUUAGUUUGGUGAUUGCACAAAUGUAUACGUUUAAUGGAAACGAUUGGGCUAAAGUCUUUAUAGAGGAGACGGAAACGGUGGAUGACAGCAUCCAGCCUCACCAGGCCGUUGCCACCGAGGAUAUUGACGUGUCGAAUAAUACCAAAGCCCCAUCCAAGCAGAGGCACCUGAAAGCUGUGGACGAUCAGGCAGCUUCAAGUGUCAACGAAACAACCCAGAGCAACAUUCCCGAUGAAGAAAAGGCAACCGAAUCUCCAAACAACAGCUCUGAUAAUGCUCCUGACGCUACUAGCAGAGAAGUGCCUGCCACCUCAAGCGACAAAGACAGCUCGACUUCCAGCACCUUCACAGAUCUUGUCAAGCCGAGUCCAGGGGCAAGCCCCGUUGUCUGCACUUUCCAGGACAAUUUCGAGUGCUGUGGCACCUGGGAUGUGAAUGCCGACGAGUGGUGGCUACAGCACCCGGAUUGGGAAGUGAGUUCCGAAACCAAGGACAGUUUCUGUUUUGCACCCAUGAAAGACCAAAGAAAGGCAUCAUUCUUGAAAAUGGUCCAUGAAGUCCAGUGGAAUGGAAACUGUUCCCAGGUGGAAAAGUCGGUGGAAAUGAACUCUGGCUAUGGAGCCAGUACAACCUGGCUCAAUCAAGCCUUUUGGCAUGCUCACAAGCAGGGCAAACCGUUUCAAAUUGUAAAUGGCAACCGAGUGUGGCUAUAUUCCACCAAGGACGAGUCCAGUUGGGCAUAUUGUGACACAAAAGAUACGCGGUGUUAUUGGCUACCGAUAUCCAGUUGUUCCCGUGAAGAGACCAUUCGCGGAGAGCACCAGGGUCAGAAACCCAAUGGAUCCAACCGAGAAAAAGAACAGUACCACUGGCUUCGCACGUACAUGACACGUCCAAGACAGCAUUUCCGCCGCAAGCUUCUUGAAAUGAGAGAGUCAAUACCUCUGGAGCAACCAUGUGCGACUAUGCACGUUCGACGUGGAGAUGUGGGCUUCCCAAGGCCGCCCUUUAGGCGGUAUGCUGCAGUGCAAGAGUACAUUGAUAAAGCUCGCAUAAAAGAGGGGGAUAAUGUAUUCUUGAUGACGGAUGAUCAGAGCACAAUUGAUGAAAUCAACAAGCAUUUGCCGAAUUACACUUGGAUCUAUAUCGAUCGUCCACGCAACGAUGGAAUCAAGAAUGGUUUCGAUGGACACGUUCCGGCGGCAUCCGAUCCAGGCUACGAAAUGCUCGUCAUUGAAACAGAGCUUCGCCUGGCCCAAUCUUGUGACAAGCUUGUAUACGGCAACAGCGGGUUCAUGAAAUCUUUAAUUGAAACACUUGAUCUCGAAGGGAAAAACUAUACGAGGUACUACCUCGACACAACGGUUUCAAAGGAGGAGGCACGAAAGUUUUCAAGCCGCGAUGCAAGAGUUGAAACCUUUCUGGCUGAGAUCGAAGCCUUGUACCAAAACAAGACGUCAACCACUCCCAAUCCUCUGGCGCAGAAAGAGUCAUCCUCGUCCCAGUCCCAGGCAGAGAUUUCUAGAUCAAGCAAGCAAGGAAACUCAGGCAACAAAGGUGACAAGAAGUUGCACGAACAGGGGAAUCCAAAUGCUGCGAUCGAGUUGACCAAUUCUUUCCCACUGUUUGAGGCAAACGUUUCUGAUCUUAUGACAUGCCAGAAUGUCUCCGGCAGGCCAACAUGCUGUGCUCCGUGGGAUGUGGAAGCAGAUGGCUGGUGGCAUGCUCGGCCAGACUGGGAAGUGAGCUUGGAGAAUGACACUUCUUAUUGCUUCUCACCAAUGGCCAACAUGGAGAAAGCAAGGGUUAUGCGUGAAAUACAUGAUCGACAAUGGAUCAACGUGAAUUGCUCCGACAUGGAAAGGAGCUCUGAAAUAAAUUCUGGUGUGGGAGCUAGCUGGUCUUGGCUGGCCAAUUCCUUUUGGCAUGCCCACGUCUUGAAGAAGCACUUCCAAAUUGCAAGAAGUAAUUGGCACUGGAUGUAUGCAGCCAAAAACAAGUCGAGCUGGGCUUACUGUGAAGAUGAAGACAUCACCUGCUAUUCUCUGCCGGUGUCCCCAUGCUCAAGGGAUGGCUUUAACCAGGAUGAUCGAAAGUGGUGGAAACCAAAAAAGGAUACAAAGGAAGUAGAAGAGGGCAUGUGGCUGAGAGACUAUAUGCUGCGUCCUCGUCAGGUGUUCCGGCGCAAGGCAUAUGAGAUGCGUCAACAAGUUGCUAUGGAAUAUCCAUGUACCAUGAUGCAUGUUCGACGCGGCGAUUCUGGUUUGCCGAGGCCCCCAUUCAGACGAUAUGCUGCCGUUCAAGAGUACCUUGAUGCUGCAAGUGUCCAAGAGGGUGACAACAUUCUCUUGCUAACCGACGAUCAAAGCACCAUCGACGAAGUCAAAGAACACCAUCCAAUGUACAACUGGAUCUAUCUUGAUCGGCCUAGGAACCACGGGUCGUCUGGUGGGUGGAAUGGGCACAUCCCCAGUGGGAAGGGAGAAUUUGAGAUGUUGGCGAUAGAUACAGAGUUGAAGCUUGCGUCUAAGUGUAACAAGGUUGUCUAUGGCUACUCUGGUUUCAUGAAAGCUUUCCUGCAAAACCAGAUCACGCAAGGGAGGGACGUUGCGCUCUACUAUGUAGACACAACGGUGACCAAAGAGGAGGCAAAAUCUUUUCAAGGCAAUCCAAAGGAGAGAGCGGCCAGCUUACUCAAGGAUAUUGAAACCAAGCGAGAAGAAGCUGACAAACACAAUGCCAAACUAAAGGACGACGACGAAGAUGACAGCGAAGAUAGCGAAGAUGAAGACGACAGCAGAGACGACAGUAGCGAGGCAAGCCAGGGUAAGGCCAAGAAGACAGGCCGAGAAAGUGGGAAAAGGCACCAAGGCAACGGAAGGGGGAGGCAAUCCCACGACAAGACCAGGAAAGCGGCAGUCUCCAACGCAAUUGCUGUUGCCAACCCUCUGAACUGCCAAGAAAGCGCCAAUGGUACCUCUUGUUGUGGUAGUUGGGACAUUGAUGCCGACAAAUGGUGGCAACAUUCACCGGACUUUGAAGUCUCAGUGGAAAACUCAACUUCCUUCUGUUUCUCACCAAUGCAGAACAAGGAGAAAGCCAGUUUCCUUCGGCGUUUACACGAAGUUCAGUGGUCGGGAAACUGCUCCACCGCAGUGAAUGCUUGGCAGAUCAACUCUGGCUUUGGGGCUUCGACCAGUUGGUUGGCGUACGCAUUCUUGAAGGCCCAUCAAAAGGGAACACCUUUCCAGAUCAACGCCCCCGAACGAGACUGGCUCUAUGGCCCCACUGACAACUCAAGCUGGGCCUACUGUGAUGAUCAUGACAUUACAUGUUACUUCUUGCCGAUUUCGUCUUGUCCGCGUCAGACCACAAGGCAAGAACGCGAAUGGACUAAGCCCGGUAGAGAUCCCCAAACCAAGAAGGAAUACGAAUGGCUCAGGGAGUAUCUGUUCAGACCCAAGCAGAUAAUGAGACGCCAGCUGCUCGAAAUGAGAGAAUCUUUGAACCUUCCACAACCCUGCGUUACCAUCCACAUUCGCAGAGGAGACGCGGGCUUUCCCAGGCAACCAUUCCGGCGAUAUGCCGCAGUCCAAGAAUAUCUCGAUGCUGGCUAUGUUGAAGAUGGAGCCAACAUCAUGUUGCUCACAGAUGAUGCAAGUACCAUUGACGAGAUCAACGAACACCAUCGUGGUGACUACAACUGGGUCUACCUGAACAGACCACGUACGCGUGGAGUGGACGGAGGCUGGCAAAGCCAUGUACCUUCGAGUGACGGCGCAUUCGAAGUUCUAUCCAUCUACACAGAAUUUGCGCUAGCAUCUAAGUGCGACACGGUUGUUCAGGGGCACAGUGGUUUCAUGAGAAUGCUCCUUGGGAAGAUGGAGAAUGAAGGCAAGCCUUUCAAACGCUUCGUUGUGAGCACUGGUGUUAGCAAGGACGAAGCAGUCCAAUGGCCUAACGACGGCAAGGAGCGAUUGGAGUAUUUCAAAAAGCAGAUGGAUGAGUACAGGCGGAAAAGCAAGGAAGCCAAGCUGGCAAGCACGACUAGCUCGUAG